AUGCCGCCGGGGACCUCGGCUUUCAUGCUGCUGCUGACGUGCGCUGUCGGUGUGGUUCUCGUGAUCCCGCAGAGUGUGGUGUUGGCGUGUCAGGCUGGCUACGCCUUGCCCACUGGAGAGACCCAGGUGGAGUUCUUUUGCCGCGAGGGGGCGUGGGUCGCACAGAACGAGCGCCUGCAGAGCGAGGAUGCCCUUGCGAGCCUGGCUUGCGUGCCCGAGUGCUCUCCGUCGUGCCUCAACGGCGGGGAGUGCGUGGCCAUCAACCAGUGCCACUGCCACGAGCCAUACAUGGGCCCUCACUGCGAGACCCUCCGCGCCGGCCUGUGCUGGCAAGAGCCCCCGAAAGUGACCAACGCUGUCGUUGUGUACAACUGGAGCGUGGCCGUGAUCGCGUGCCAGCCGGGGUGGCGGCUAAGCAACAACGCCUCAGCCGUCCUGCUUUCGUGCGUGGGCGGAGUUUGGGCGGCGAGACCGGACGAGAACUGGCCCUCUUGCCAGCCCGAGUGCGCCCUCCCCUGUGCCAAUGGAGCCUGACGGCUUCACCGGAGACUUCUGCGAAAAGGCAUUCUGCGACCCUCCCCCGCCAGUUCCGUUCGCCUUUGCGCACUACAGCUCUGAAGGAGAUACCUACAUCGCCUGCUACCCUGGCUACGUCUUGUGCUCCGGCCUCGGCAUGAUGAGAAUCGAGUGUAAUAAUUCCAUUUGGCUGACGAUGGAGGCACCCCCCAGGAAGGCCUCCGAGCUCACCUGCUCCCCCUACUGCCGCGCCUUCUGCGAGAACGGCGGCUCGUGCGUGGCGCCGGGGGAGUGCCAGUGCCAGGAGGGCUUCGCGGGAGAGAGGUGCCAGACCCGCAAGUGUCGUGGGUUGCCCGACGUCGGUGGUGAUGUGGACAUCAGCCUUACCAAAGACUCCCUCUCGGCCGUGGUUGAGUGCCCCGACGACUACCGCCUUGACACGGGCAGCACCUCCAUGAAUUUCAAGUGCGUCGACGGGGAGUGGCGCCCUUCAGACAUCCUCAUGCGGGUGGAGAAGGGCUUGAUCUGCAGACCUGAGUGCCCCAAAGGAUGUCUCAAUGGGGGAGAGUGUGUGGCGCCGAAUACCUGCCAUUGUCCCGAGGGAUUUACCGGCUCCAACUGCGGCAAACGCUACACCCUGACGGUGAAAGGCGUCCCAUGCCGCUUCCCCUUCCUGUACAAAGGGCUGUGGCGUCACGGCUGCACGGGACAGGGCAACACGAGGCCCUGGUGCGCCACCGAGGUCGACCCCAGCGGAAGGAUCGUUAGCACUGGCACUUGCGUGGCAGAUCUAGGUAAAAAGAAAAUCAUAAAGACGGAGCGAGGACAGCUGUGCAAUUUCCCCUUCGUCCACGACAAUCGGAAGCGUUGGAGCUGCAUCAGCACGCCCAAAAGACCUCGAUUCUGGUGCGCUGUCAAGGCAGACGCGAAGGGACACUUCACUCAGUGGGACUUCUGCCAACCCGACUAUGGAGUGGAGGCUGUGGCAUUCACUCAGGAGGGUCUCGAAUGCCAGCUGCCUUUCACUGUUUCUGGGAAGGACUUCUAUGGAUGCGUCGAAGGAGGGGGACGCCACCCAGGGAACCUUUGGUGCGCCACGAGCGUCUCCACGGAUGGUAUCAUCUUCGCUUCCUCCGUGUGCAUGUUACAUUUAGGCUACAAACGAGAAAUAGCGACGAAGAAUGGACACCUGUGCCAAUUUCCCUUCGUGUGGAAAGAACAGCUGUAUUACAGGUGUGUCCCCUCCAACGAUGGCAACUGGUGCGCUGUUGCCACGUCUCCAGAGGGCCGAGUGCUGGAAAGGGACAUUUGCAUUGAGAACUUGGGAACACAGGGAGAAGUCACGCAAGUUGUCACCCAAUCGAACAAAGAUGGCGCCGAUAGAUACACCGAAGACGCCAUCUUGCCUGUCAUGACGAAGAGGGGCAUCCCCUGCGUGUUCCCUUUUCGCCACAACGGCCGCCUCCACCACUCCUGCGUGCCCGGGAAGGACGGGCAAGACGGGGCAUGGUGUGCCACCUCCGUCGACGCCAGCGGCAAGGUUCUGGCCAGGGAAUCGUGCCCGGAGAGUUGGGCCCACGGCAUCCCCAGAAACGGACCCACCACCAGCGAGGUCAGGACCCUCUCCGAAGUGCCGUGUGUCUUCCCCUUCACUCUCGACGGCCAAGUCUACUACGGCUGCGUCACGAGGCACUCCGGCGAGGCCAUGUGUGCCACGCAGGUCGACGAGAGCAACCAGGCUGUCACUCUGGGAAUCUGCCCGGAAGGAUGGGAUCAAGACAAUGGCAGGACAAUCCUUGCUGACGACGAUGAGGGUCACGAAUCCCCCGAAAAGACAGGCGUGGAUGGGAUCUCUCCGGAGCUGCGAACGCUGCUGAGGGGCGGCGAGCACGGGAGGUUCGGCGUCCGUCCCGAGGCGGUUUCGACGGGCGCUAUAAGAACGGUGGACGGGAGGGCAUGCGUGUUUCCGUUCGUGUGGCGCGGGCAGAGGUACUGGUCUUGCACGAACGCUGAGUCUACGAAGGAGUGGUGCGCCACAGAGGUCGGCCAUCUUGGUACACCCACAGCCAUCGGUAUCUGUCAGUCAGACACAGAGUCGACCCCAGUCGCUGCACAGGACCUUCUCAACGAUGGAGACAGCGCGGAGCCGAUGUCACGCAGAGAACUCCAACCCAGACCUCAGACACCGGACGAGCUGAUGUGCACCCUGCCUUUCAUGCACUCUGGGGCCUGGCAUCAUGAGUGCAUCGUCCUGGCACCCGACACCCCGCCCGUGUGUGCUGCCAAGGUGGCCCAUGAUGGCACUGUUCUUGCGUGGGAAACUUGUCCGCCUGGUAUAUAUCGGGUGUUGCAUAAACCGGUAGCCUUCAAAGCAAGUUUCUUGGAUCAAGUACCACACAGCUCCAGGAUAGUAACAACCGCAGAGGGCCAACGUUGCAAGUUCCCCUUCACGUACAAGGGGCAACAGUACUCAGGGUGUACAGACAAGGACUUUUCACGUCCUUGGUGUGUGACGAUGGGGUCAUCUCAAGGCAAGAACUGGGGGGUUUGCCUCGCCGUCUUCAUCGUACCAAAGCAUCUUCCAGAAGUCAUCCCGACACAACAGUCAACGGAGGCGUAGGAGUCCUGGCGUAAGACGUCAUCGCUCGUGACACCAUUGCCGCGAAGUCAUUGCUUGCUGCACCACCCGUGACGUCAUUAACCUGAUAUUAUCAUACUACAAACAUGAUUUAUUUGUGAUUUUUUUCUUACCCUUCCUUUAACUGAUUUAGUUUACAUGUGUUUACUUAUUUAAUAGAUUUAGAGAUCUGUGUUAUUUUAGGAAUAUAUAUUAAUAGCUGUUUUAUACAUUUUAAUGACAAAGGAUAAAACAUAGCACAUGGAUAUAGCUGUAAAAAAAAACUUCUAAGCAAUGUGAAUAUAAAUAAUUUUGUUAAAAUAUUUAUGGCUUAGUGUUAUAAUUUCUUAUUUCAUGUUAAAUAAAAA